AGGGUAUGUGGCUGGGGCUUCGCCGGCCUCACUAUGUCUGCCAUUUUCAAUUUUCAGAGUCUGUUGACUGUGAUCUUGCUGCUUAUAUGUACCUGUGCUUAUAUCCGAUCCUUGGCACCCAGCCUCCUGGACAGAAAUAAAACUGGAUUGUUGGGUACAUUUUGGAAGUGUGCCAGAAUUAGUGAACGGAAGAGUCCUUAUGUUGCAAUAUGCUGUAUAGUGAUGGCCUUCAGCAUCCUCUUCAUACAGUAGCUUGGGAAAAUGCCAGAAUUUUAUUGUCAUCAGAUUUCAGUAUGAAAAAAAGGACUUAGCUGCAGAAAAUAAUGGAAAGAAGGG